GUAACUUUGUUCAUAAUCUAGGUCUCAUUGACCAGGGGUAUCAGGGUGAUCCUUUCACUUGGACAAACAAACAAAUGGGGGCGGCAUGUAUUCGGGAGAGGCUGGAUAGGGCAUUGUGCUCCCAAUCUUGGCUGGAUAGCUUCCCUGAGACUCUGAUUAAACACUUUACGGAUCAGGGGUCGGACCACCGGGCGCUUGUCUUAUCAGAUAAACCCUAUGUCCGCAAUAGCCGGCCCCUAUUCCGGUUUGACGCUUGUUGGGCUAAGAACCCAGAGGUCAGAGCCAUGGUCACUAGGGAUCGCCGAAGAAGGAACUUCGUGGCAGGGCUCCAGAAUGAGGCUGGCGAGUGGAUUACUGAUGAGAAAGGGAAGACGACUGUUGCGAUUGACUUCUAUCGCCACCUCUUCACGUCUGAAUCUCAAGUCUAGAAUAUGAGAGAGCGGGUAGCUGCCCUGCCCAUAGCCCAGAGUGUUACUCCGACAAUGAAUGAAGGCCUAACGGCUGAAGUUCUCCCGGAGGAAGUGCGUAAGACUGUGUUUGCCAUGGGAUCGAAACAAGCUCCGGGUUCGGAUGGGUUUACUGGAAAUUUUUUCAAAGCCUUCUGAGAAAUUGUGGGACCAUCAGCGAUUGACGCAGUCUGCUCAUUUUUCCGAUCGAGUCGGAUAAUCCGUAGUUUCAAUCAUACCUGGCUCACCUUAAUUCUGAAAGUAGAUAAUGUUGAAUCGGUGAGGCAACUGCGACCAAUCAGUCUAUGCCAAUUUGUCUACAAAAUUAUAACCAAAAUUUUGGCUGAGAGGCUGUCUUGCGUCUUACUGAGCAUUGUUUCUGAAGGUCAAAAUGCAUUUAUUCGGAAGAGACAAAUUGUGGAGAAUAUCCUCCUAGGACAUGAGCUUAUGCACUACUUAAAAAUCAAAACCCGUGGGAAGAAAGGGUACAUGGCUCUAAAGGUUGACAUGGAAAAGGCCUAUGAUAGAGUCGAAUGGCCUUUUCUCCUCACGGUUUUGGACAAGUUGGGUUUUAACUCUGUCUGGAUAGGGUGGAUACAGGAAUACCUCAGAUCUGCGUCAUUUUUAGUCAUGAUGAAUGGCACGCCGUCAGGCUAUUUUACUCCCUCCAGGGGACUCCGCCAGAGGGAUCCUCUCUCUCCUAUGUUGUUUGUCCUAUGUACUUAAGGAUUUGCGGCCCUCCUACGAAAGGCAAUAUCAGAGAAGAAGCUGGAGGGGGUUAAGGUCGCCCCUCAGGCUCCACGAAUCACGCACCUAUUCUUUGUCGAUGACUCGUAUCUAUUCCUUCAUGGUACGCUCCAAGAAUGUGAAAAUUUAAUGGAUGUGUUGAACGAGUAUGAGGAACUGAGCGGGCAAAGAGUAAAUUUAGUGAAAUCAGCGGUAUGCUUCAGUAAGAAUGUUGCUCUGCCAGAUCAGGAGUUCUCGACUGCGAUUAUGGGGGUUGGGGCUGUGGGGGUCCACGAUAAAUAUCUGGGUCUCCCGAACCUGAUUGCUCGAUCUAAUAUGGAAACAUUCCGGUAUUUGGAAGAAAAAUUGUUGGAGCAUCUCCAAGGAUGGAAACAUAGGACUCUCUCUUGGGCAGCAAAGGAAACUCUGAUAAAAUCAAUAGCCUUGG